AUGUAUCGUACAUAUUCAGAUGCUUCCUCAGGCGGAAAAGAAAAGGCAAAGAAGCCCAAAUACAGGGUCAGAUUCCGACAUGGUGUAUAUCCGAAUCCGGAAGGCCAAGCUACUAGAGCAGAUAUCAAGAAGUACGAGUACUUCUUUGGAGGCGGACAGGUGUGGGUCGGUAUGCCGGGGAAAGUGAACUUUGUCGAUGAAUCUGCGCAAGUCACCGAAGACUUUGUAAAUGGAGGUAGAGGUGGAGGUGGAUCGAGCGAGAGAUCUCGAAGCUCAUCGAGACUUCUAGUUCGACCAGGGAGAAACGAGAGGAUACCACGAGCUACAUCGCGGCGAAGCCCUCGAACCACGGAGCUCAGUUUUUGUUCGGUAGGGGUUCCCUCGACCGAUCAAGGAGCCGUGCCUACAGCAAUGAGAACAGUCUCAAGCAGCCCCUGGCAGAUCCCAUCCCAUCCUCGCUACCACACAAGCCCUGCGCCUGGAUCAGCUUACAGCCAUGAAGAAAGUUCACCUUCUAGUUGGCGCGACGAUGUUCCUUCCCCGUUCUCGCUCACCAACCUCUCAUUGCCCACAACCACGCAAGCUCCUGGGGUAGCAUGGCCCAUAGAAAACCCUAUUGACGCCCACCUUUUCCGCUUCUGGAUAGACAAAGCAUCGGCAUGGUGGGAUAUUACCAGCUCACACAAUAUCUUUAGAGAGGUCGUCCCGAAACUUGCGCUUAGUAACGCCAUGCUGAUGAACGCCAUCUUCAUGAUAUCGGCGCAGCAUAUACAACGCGUUAAUCCUGCUUUCCCAGCAAGACCAUACAUGUACCAUGAGCGGAUACUACAACAGCUCAUACCCUAUUUGGCGGAAAGAGGGAGGAUUGAUGAUGAAGCGACCUUGGUAGCUGCGAUGCUGCUCAGGAGUUUCGAAGAAUUUCAUGCUGGAACACAAGGCCAGCAAAUGCUUUCCACGUUGGAAUUGUUCCAGGGCCCCAAUUACUGGCUAUUUGACAUGUCGAAACCUGUCGUACAAGCAUGCUUCAUGGUGCAUGUGCAUUUCGAGAUCUUCCACGGGCUACUGAAUCGGCCAAGCAUGCGCAUCGACUACCGCGAUUUUCCCUUCCCUUUCCUGGCAUCACCAUCCGACGACGUGGCUUGGGGAAAUCGAAUUGUGUGGCUGUGUGCGCGCAUCCUACAAUGGACUGAGAGGGGCUUGCGCACUACAGAAACUUGGCACCAACUGACAAACUUGGUAGAUGCGUGGGAAAGGGAGAGACCGAUGAGCUUUGACGCAUUCUUUUGUCGAGAAGAGAACCUAGACUUUGCAAGAGAUCUGCCAGAGCUAUGGUUCGCGAGCCCAUGCCACGCGGACGCUCACCAACACUUGCGUAUUUGUCGCAUGGCGCUGGCGACCAAUUCCCCAGAGGUUGAGCAUGACGAGGUGCAAUUAGCUGACGUUACGGCGCCCACGAGGAAAGCAGUGUUGAAAGGGCUGAUAGAAAUGAUGGCCAUUGCUCGAUGCAACGCGCAUGCGAUGUCCGCACCAUUAAUAGCAGCUCACGCCAUCCACAAGUUCGCCGUGCAACUUCGAUGGAGUGGCUCAGAGAGCAAUGGUGCCGAGGUGUAG